AUGCCAUCCGUCACUGACAGCCCUCCCAAGGUGGAAUCACGACUUCUCCUGGUCUCCAACCGUCUUCCAAUCACCAUCAAGCGCUCCCCCGAAGGGAAAUAUGAUUUCUCCAUGUCUUCAGGAGGUCUUGUCACUGGUCUCAGUGGCUUAGCCAAGAGCACCAAGUUUCAGUGGUAUGGCUGGCCAGGACUGGAAGUCCCUGAAGACGAGGCUGGCGGCGUGGUCAAGCGACUGAAGGAUGAGUUCGAUGCUAUUCCCGUGUUCGUGGACGACGAGCUGGCUGAUCGCCACUACAAUGGAUUUUCAAAUUCUAUCAUGUGGCCGCUCUUCCACUACCAUCCUGGUGAAAUCACAUUCGAUGAGUCGGCUUGGAAUGCUUACUCAGAAGUCAACCGUCUCUUCGCUCGGGCCAUUGCCAAAGAAGUCGAGGAUGGCGAUCUUGUCUGGGUCCAUGACUACCACCUGAUGCUCUUACCCCAGAUGCUCCGCGAAGAGAUCGGGUCCACCAAAUCCAACGUCAAGAUUGGCUUCUUCCUACAUACCCCCUUCCCAUCGAGUGAGAUAUACAGGAUUCUGCCCGUGCGAAAUGAAAUCCUGUUGGGGGUUCUACACUGUGAUCUGAUUGGCUUCCACACCUACGACUACGCUCGACACUUCCUUAGCAGCUGUUCGCGAAUCUUGAACCUCACCACCACGCCCAACGGGGUCGAAUUUGAGGGCAAAGUUGUCACAGUCGGUGCUUUCCCGAUUGGCAUCGAUCCGGAGAAGUUCACCGAAGGCCUGAAGAAAGAGAAGGUUCAAAAGCGCAUUGCUGUGCUGGAGGAAAAGUUCAAGGGCGUCAAGUUGAUUGUUGGUGUAGAUCGGCUCGACUACAUCAAGGGUGUUCCCCAGAAACUUCACGCCCUCGAAGUUUUCCUUACAGACCACCCCGAAUGGAUUGGCAAGGUGGUUUUAGUCCAAGUCGCCGUGCCCAGCAGACAGGACGUUGAGGAGUAUCAGAAUCUCCGGGCAGUCGUCAACGAGUUGGUGGGACGCAUCAAUGGAAAAUUCGGCACGGUCGAGUUCAUGCCCAUCCACUUCAUGCACAAAUCUGUCAACUUCGACGAGCUUAUCGCCCUUUAUGCCGUCUCAGAUGUUUGUCUUGUCUCCUCGACACGAGACGGCAUGAACCUGGUAUCAUUUGAGUACAUAGCCUCUCAGGAACAGCGCAAAGGCGUUCUGAUACUCUCGGAAUUUGCCGGUGCCGCACAGAGCUUGAACGGGAGUAUCUUGGUGAACCCCUGGAACACCGAGGAACUGGCAAGUGCCAUACAGGAGGCGGUAACCAUGAGUCCAGAACACCGUGCUAUUAACUAUGCCAAGCUCCACAAAUAUGUCUUCAAGUACACCAGUGCUUUCUGGGGUCAAUCUUUCGUCGCCGAAUUAACCAGAAUAUCCGCCCAAGGAGAGAAGAAGUUGAAGUUACGGCGAGCAUCCCUGAUAAAAUCGCCGUCUCAACAACCGCCUUCGGAGAACAGAGAUGGGGAGUCACAGUCGAAGCCAGCAUCUCAACCGUCCCAGGCAGCCACGAAAGCAGACGUCGAAAUCGAUGGCCAGCCAGCAUCGAGAGGUGAUGUCGCGGCUGCUGAUGGAAUCUCAAAAGAAAAGUCGGCGACGAUAUGA